AUGGCAAUAAUUUAUACGUUCGUAUUUAUUGUACAAUAUAACAAUGCUACCGGGCGACCUAAUAAUAAUAAUGCUACCGGGCCGCCUAAUAAUAAUAAUGCUACUGGGCCGCCUAAUAAUAAUAAAGCUACCGGGCGACCUAAUAAUAAUAGUAAUGCUACCGGGCUGCCUAAUAAUAAUAAUGCUACCGUGCCGCUUAAUAAUAAUGAUGCUACCGUGCCGCCUAAUAAUAAUAAUGCUACCGGGCUGCCUAAUAAUAAUAAAGCUACCGGGCGACCCAAUAAUAAUAAAGCUACCGGGCGACCCAAUAAUAAUAGUAAUGCUACCGGGCUGCCUAAUAAUAAUAAUGCUACCGUGCCGUUUAAUAAUAAUGAUGCUACCGUGCCGCCUAAUAAUAAUAAAGGUACCGGGCUGCCUAAUAAUAAUAAUGCUACCGGACCGCCUAAAUUUAUGGUUUCAGAGUUGAAAUAUCAGUAUUAUGAUAGCCAGACACCGAUUCGUUGCUUCACGAUAUCAUAA